UCUCUGUAUUUUGCAUUUCCAUUCUCUCGUCGUCAUCAUCAUCUUCUUCUCUUUCUUUCUCCAUUUUAUUUUUUCGAUUUCGGGAAAACAGUGAACUAUUAAGGCAACCCUCGAAGAAGAAGAAGAAGAAGAAGAGGGAUAAGGAGAAAGCGUAGAAAAAACAGUACGUCGGAUUCAGCUGCAGUUGUGGAACAAGCUUAGUUUGGAACUGUUAGAUCAUAAGAUGGAAGAAGCAACACAGGUGAGUUCCGAGAUCCCUGCGGCCGUGAAAGGUGCUGCCGAGGAACCAAAUACUGUUGAUGUUCCUGUUAAGGCUGCUAAUGGAGAAUUGCCAAAGGAAGAGAAAAUGGCUGCAAAAGAAGAUGAAGAUACAACUCUUGAUGGGGAAUUCAUAAAAGUUGAGAAGGAAGCCAUAGAUGCCAAGGACGACUCUGACAAAAUGGAGCAUGCUCCUGUGGAAGAGCCAAAGGAAGUUUCGCUCGAGAGGAGCUCAAGUGGUUCACAGAAAGAAUUACACCAAUCACAAGAGAAGGUGAAAGAUCUGGAACUCGAGUUGGAGAGAGUAACUGGAGAACUGAAACGGUAUGAAUCUGAAAAUACCCGGGUGGCGAAUGAGCUUUUGUCUGCAAAAGAGAAGUCCGAAGAAACGGCUAAGAAACAUGAAGAGCUCGAGCUUGCCAACAAGAAGCUGCAGGAGCAGGUUGUUGAAGUGGAAGAGAAACACAGCUCCCAGCUGAAGGCUUUGGAAGAUGCUUUACAAUCUCAGGAUGCCAAACAUAAGGAACUAACCGAAGUGAAGGAAGCAUUUGAUGGGUUAGGUAUUGAGCUUGAGAUCUCGAGAAAAAGGAUGAUAGAGUUGGAGGAAGCGCUCAGUCGGUCAGCUGGGGAAGCACAGAAAUUUGAAGAGCUGCAUAAACAAAGUGCUUCUCAUGCUGAAUCUGAGCUGCAGAGGGCUUCAGAGUUUGAACAAAAGCUUGAAUUGGCGAAAGGAAGCGUGAAAGAGAUGGAAGAAAAAACGGUGUCCCUGCAGCAGGAACUCAAAGAGCUGCAAGAUAAGAUUGCUGAAAAUGAAAAAGUUGAAGCAGUUCUGAAGAAUGCUACAGUAGAAUUAGCUUCCCUUCAAGAGGAGUUGGCACUUUCAAAAUCUCAACUUCUGGAGACAGAACAAAAACUGUCUUCAAAAGAAGCGGCCAUUGAUGAAUUGACCCAGGAACUUGAGCAGAGGAAAGCUUCUGAAUCUCAGUUCAAAGAAGAAUUAUCGGCUCUUGAGAACUUGGUUGGCCAAAACAAAGAUCUUCAGGCUAAAGUCUCUGAACUGGAAGACUUAAACUCAAAGCUCAAUGAAGAACUCAAGGAGAAGGACAAGUUAGAUUCUUUAAUGAAGGACUACGAAGAACAGGUCAGAACUGCAAAUGAGAAAUUGACCGAGGCAUUGAAAGAAAAAGAAGCGCUUGAAGUAGCCGUGACCGACCUCACAAUUAAUGCAGCAAAACUGAAAGAGAUCUGCGGGGAAGUGGAAGGAAAGCUGAAAGUUUCAGAUGAGAAUUUCACUAAGACUGAUGCUCUUCUGUCUCAAGCUUUGUCAAACAAUUCUGAGCUUGAACAGAGACUGAAAUCACUGGAGGAGCAACAUAACGAAUCUGGAGCUGCAGCCACAGCAGCUAACCAAAAGAAUCUUGAGCUUGAGGAUAUGAUUCAAUCUUCAAACAAAGCAGCGGAAGAAGCUCAACUAAAAUUGAAAGAGCUAGAGACGAGGGUCAUCACAGCUGAGCAAAAGAAUGUGGAGCUCGAGCAGCAAAGAAACUUGCUGGAAUUAAAAAGCAGUAACACAGAAAAAGAACUGAAAGAAUUUUCUGAGAAAGCAUCCGAACUAAAAGCUGCUUUGGAAGUGGCUGAGGAGGUGAAAAAACAGGUGACUGAUCAACUGCAGGAAUACCAAGAAAAGAUAACCGAGCUGGAAUCGUCAUUGAACCACUCUUCAACAAGGAAUUUGGAGCUCGAAGAAGAAGUGAGGAAUGCAUUGCGGAAAGGUGCAGAGCAUGAUGACCGGGCCAAUAUGAGCCACGAGCGCAGCCUUGAGCUAGAAGGUCUGUUCCAAACAUCACAGUCAAAAUUAGAAGAUGCUGAGGGAAAAGUGAAGGAGUUAGAGUUGCUACUCCAGACAGAAAAAUACAGAAUUCAGGAGCUUGAGGAGCAGAUUAGCUCGCUGGAGAAGAAAUGUGGUGAAACCGAGGCAGAUUCGAAAGGGUUUUUGGGUCAGGUGGCUGAGCUUCAGACCAGACUGGAGGAAUUCCAAGAGAAAAACUCAAAUCUUGAAGCUGCUCUAAACAUUGCCAAUGAGAAAGAGAGAGAGCUGACGGAAAAUCUGAAUGCUGUGAUGGAUGAGAGAAAGAAGCUAGAAGAUGCAGUUAAUGAGUACAGCGAGAAGAUCGUCGGGUCUGAGGAUCUGUUAGCCGUUCUCAGGAACGAGUUGAAUGUCACACAAGAAAAGUUGGAGAGUAUUGAGAAUGAUCUGAAAGCUGCUGGUCUAAGGGAAGGCGAUGUAAUGGAGAAGCUUAAGUCAGCUGAAGAGAGACUUGAGCAACAAACAAGAGCAUUGGAUCAGGCUACAACAAGAAGCACGGAACUUGAAGAUUUGCAUCUAUCUUUAAGUAGAGAUUCAGAGCUUAAACUUCAGAAGGCAAUGGAGGAUUUCACCAGCAGAGAUUCAGAGGCCAAGUCGUUGUCUGAGAAACUGAAAGAUCUUGAGGACAAAAUAAGAUUAUGCGAAAAACAGUUGGCCGAAGCAUCCAUGAAUUCUUCUUGUCUGAAAGAAGAGCUCGAUCAGACAUUGGAAAAACUUGCUUCUGCAGAAACCGCUAACGCAGAACUCAAAGGUGAGAUUGUCCGGGCACAAGACAAAGCUUCACAGGCAUCCUCAGAUAGCGAACUGUUGGCAGAGACAAACAACCAGCUCAAGAUCAAGAUUCAAGAACUUCAGGAUUUGCUGGAUUCUGGUGUUUCUGAGAAGGAAACUGUGACGAAACAACUGGAAGAAGCAACCGAGAGGUUCAGUAAAAAAGGAGCAGAGGCCAAGGAAUUGAUCGAACAAGUAAGAGCCCUUGAAUUCCACGUAGAGGAGUAUAAAAAGCAGGUUAUAUUAGCAUCAGAAGUAGCUGAAAGUAGAAAGGUGGAGCUAGAAGAGUCUUUACUGAAACUUAAGAAUCUCGAAGCCAUUGUAGAAGAGUUCGGAGCCAAAUGCAGCGGCCUCGAGAAAGAGAGCGGGGCUUUGGCUGAGGUGAAUCUAAAGCUCAACCAGGAACUGGCCAGUCAUGGGUCAGAGGCCAGCGAGUUGCAGACAAAACUUUCUGUCCUCGAAGCUGAGAAGGCCCAAACUGCCAAAGACCUUGAAUCUUCAAAGACAGCCAUAGAAGAUCUAACAAAACAGCUUACUUCUGAAGGAGAGAGAUUACAAUCACAGAUUUCUUCCCUUGUGGAGGAGAACAACCAACUCAACGAGGUGUAUCAGAGCACGAAAAAUGAACUCCAAUCAGUGAUUGCACAGCUUGAAGAACAACUCAAAGCACAGAAUUCUAGUACGGAUGCUCUGGUAGCUGAAAUCGAGAAGCUCAAAGCCGAGGCAGCUGAAAAGCCUGCGUUGCAAUCACAUCUAGAAGAACUGAAAAAGCAAUUGACAGAAGUAGAAUCCCGGUUGAAAGAAGAGGUUGAAAAUGUGAAAGCUUCCGCUUCGGUAAAAGAGGCAGAAUUGACCUCUAAACUGCAGGAACAUGAGCAUAAGGCCAGCGACCGGGAUUCUCUCCACGAGCAAGUGCUUCAGCUUCAGAAAGAGCUUCAACUUGCUCAGACUUCUGUUGAUGAACUGAAAAAAGCCCACUCUCAAAAACACUCGGAACAGGAAGCAGCUUCAAAGAAAACACAGGAAGAGCUUGAAGCAAAGAAACAGGAAGUUGUCAGGCUCGAAUCAUCGGUGAAAGAGCUUGAACAGAAAGUAAAGCUUGCAGAUGCUAAAUCUAAGACGAUCUUGCAGGAAACCGAGGCCGUGGAAGUAAAAUCCCGAGACAUCGGGGGGUUAGCCGUUUCAUCGCCUGCGAAAAGGAAGAGCAAGAAGAAGCAAGACGACAACAAUGGCGCUUUGUCAUCAUCAUCAUCAUCAUCAUCGUCUUCAUUGGCUAACAACACAACUCAAAUGACUGAAACCUCACCUCUUAAUACAAUCAAGAUCAUGGUUGGAGUUGCUUUGGUCUCCAUCUUCAUUGGUAUAAUUCUGGGGAAAAAGUAUUGAAGCCUUUUUCUCAAAGUAUGGUUUUGGUGAUUUUGAUUAUAUAUUUUUGGGGUUUGAUUAUAUUUUGUAUAAUGACGCUUUCUCUCCGCAAGUAUUUUGAUUUUGAUUUUUGGGGUCAGGGGAUGUUGUAUUUAUAAUCCCUUUGCUUGUAUGCCGAGCAUGUUUAUUUAUAUAUUUAUGGUGGGUUUGUUUGGAAUGUUUUCA